AUGUUGCCGCAGCCGCCCCGCAUCAUCGUGGACUCUGGCACGACGCUGGCGUGGCUUGUCAAGGAGCUGCUGGACCCGAUGGUGAAGGAGCUGACCCGGAACAUCAAACUCCGGCGGGUGAAGUCGCCGGACGAGGAGAUACCUAUUUGCUACGACGUGUCUGGGGUGGGGGAGACGGCGUUCGGGAGGAGUGUCCCGGAGGUGAAGCUGGGCCUGGAAGGCAGCGGGGUGGUGACGCUCAAGGCGGAGAACACGUUCGUGAUGCUGCAGGAGGGGACGAUGUGCAUGACGUUAGGGGAGGCCCACAAGGAAGAUGGGGGCAUGAUCUGGGGGAGCAUCGCCCAGCAGAACAUGCACAUCGGGAUCGACCUCGACAAGCGCACCGCCACCUUUGCCAGUGUAGAUUGUGCUACCUCCUAUCAAUGGCCCUCCCCUCCGGCCUCCUCUCUGUAG